UAAGAACAUACCUAAACAAUGUAACAACUAUAGUUACGUCCUCAAUAAGGAAAGUCAGUUUGUAUUUCUUAAUUAUUAUAAAUAUUUUCGAUAUUGAACAGCGAACAUGUGUCUAAGUACGGUCGCUGGAUUCAUUGUUAUUUUGUUAAUUGCAUUUACAAGAGGGGAUGACGUGGCUAAACAUUACCAAACUAUGCAAACUUGCAUUCGAAAUUCGACAAAUAUUAAGAAUGCUAAAUCAAACUUGAAGACGUGUGUAAAUGAUUACAUCGACGGAAACAAAAAUAUAAGCACUUGUCAGAACCAAGGAGAUGUCAAUAGAACAUACGACUCACUAUUCAAUUCGUAUUCGACAUGUCUAAAUGGUGUAGAUCUCGAAAUAAUAAAUAUAUCAACCAAAUUACGUAAAGAGAUUUUCACAGUGUCAUUGACGAAGGAAAAAAUUGAAGAAUUCACUAAAAAUGAUGGUAAACGAUGUGCAAAAGAGAUGAAAAAAGACAUUCUGCAGUGUUUAAACAAUACUUUGCAAAUCAAAGGACAAUUUGAGAAAAACAUAUCACACGCCCUGCUUAAAGUUCACAAACCGCUACUGUUUGAUAGAAAACCUUGUACUUAUACAGCUGAGAUAAAGGCAUGUAUUCAAAGGAUACCUAAAAACGAUUGCAAUAUAACAAAACAGUACAUUGUGGACCUUCAAGACUUCUUAAUAGACAAAUAUUGUAAGAUGGACACUGCAAAGCCGUCGCCAUCUAAGUACUCAAGUACUGGUGCUGUUAUUGGGGCGUUAGUUGGCGGUAUUGUAAUUAUCGCUGCCGUAUUCAUCGUAUACAAAAAACGACAUUCUCUCUGCAGGAAAAGGAAUUCGUCGCCAGAGGACACAUACAGUUGUUCCUACAAUGUGGCGAAAGAACAAGUAACAACAUAAGAAAAUGUUUAUUCCGUGUUAUAUACAUAUAUAAGCAAUAAAUGAUAAUGUAAUUAA